GGCGGCUGCGGAGGGGCCGGAGGCCGGAGCCCAUGGCGGAGGGCGGCGGGCGGGCCGGGCCGGCGCCCGCAGGUCCUAAUCUGAAGGAGUGGCUGAGGGAGCAGUUCUGUGACCACCCGCUGGAGCACUGCGAGGACACGAGGCUGCACGACGCUGCCUACGUGGGGGACCUGCAGACCCUGCGGAGCCUGCUGCAGGAAGAGAGCUACCGGAGCCGCAUCAACGAGAAGUCCGUGUGGUGCUGCGGCUGGCUCCCCUGCACGCCCCUGCGUAUCGCCGCCACCGCGGGCCACGGGAACUGCGUGGACUUCCUUAUCCGCAAGGGGGCCGAGGUGGACCUGGUGGACGUGAAGGGACAGACGGCCCUGUACGUGGCUGUGGUGAACGGGCACCUGGAGAGUGCCCAGAUCCUCCUGGAGGCCGGCGCUGACCCCAAUGGAAGCCGGCACCACCGCAGCACGCCCGUCUACCAUGCCUCGCGGGUGGGCCGGGCGGACAUCCUGAAGGCCCUCAUCAGGUAUGGGGCAGACGUCGACGUCAACCACCACCUGACUCCUGACGCCCAGCCCCCUUUCUCACGGCGGCUCACCUCCUUGGUGGUCUGCCCGCUGUACAUCAGUGCUGCCUACCACAACCUGCAGUGCUUCAAGCUGCUGCUGCAGGCGGGGGCGAACCCGGACUUCAACUGCAACGGCCCCGUCAACACGCAGGGUUUCUACAGGGGCUCGCCCGGCUGUGUCAUGGACGCUGUCCUGCGUCACGGCUGCGAGGCAGCCUUCGUCAGCCUGCUGGUGGAGUUCGGAGCCAACCUGAACCUGGUCAAGUGGGAGUCCUUGGGCCCAGAGUCGAGAGGCAGGAGGAAGGUGGACCCCGAGGCGCUGCAGGUCUUUAAAGAAGCCAGAAGUGUCCCCAGGUCCCUGCUGAAUCUGUGCCGCGUGGCUGUGAGAAGAGCACUCGGCAAAUACCGCCUCCAUCUGAUCCCCUCGCUGCCUCUGCCAGACCCCAUAAAAAAGUUUCUGCUUUACGAGUAGAAUUCUGGAGCGCCGUUGAUUGCAGUGAAGAGGCGGCGGUGACCUGCAGUGCAAGUUGACACCGACUCUCGCCGCGUGACCACAUCGUGUGUUGCUGAGUCCCGCCUGGCUGCAGGUGAAGCAGGACUGGCUUUGUUCCCCUGGACUGUGUUCUAUCUCAGGUGUUUGGGCAUCGGACAGUCUUGGGGUCAUUAUCAGUAUCAGCCAGGAGGCUCCUACACAACUUCAUUUUGUGCUUCCUCAGUCUGUUUGGAAAUUAGUGCAGUGGGCCUUGAAAUGUGAGCAAGUUGGGGCCGAGGCUGGAGGCCUGUUGAUGUCCUGAGUGGAGAGGACUGGCAUCUUCCAGACUGCUUCUGGGUUCACUUCUCAGCUUGGUGGCUUGACUGCAGUCAGAUGAAAAGGGAGUUUGUAAAAAGUAGAGUACAGAAAUGCAGUUCCUGAACUUGUGAGUUUGUGUUCCCAGCUCCUCUGUUGAACAUGUGAUGUUUACACACACAUGCUUUCCUUGCCACCUCAGUGUUCUCUCUAUCUGGUGGGGGCAUCAUGUCAGUUGGCUUCAUUCAAGGAUGGUUUCCUGAUCACUUGGGUUGGCUUUAUGUCUCAAGAUCAGUACCUGCAGUGCUCACAGUCUCUUUAGGUAACGCUCAGAGCUCGACACCUAGCACCACACCCAGCUGUGCCUAGCAUCAUGCCAACAGUCUCACAAGUUCUCUGCCAUUUCACUUUGGGGAGCUUCCAGAAGUCCACUGAUUUCAGGAGGCCCACUGCCUCCACUCAGACCAAGGACCGUCCAACAGCAUCCACUGCCAGUUCUAACAGAAGUCUGCGCACGCACUGCGAAAUAGAAACUUCACUCAUCUUCUGGGUGGUUCAGAGCUUUCAGUUCUAUGGUGUCCUGUGGACAGAAUAUCUGGUGUUUGGUUGAUUGCGCUUCAUUUGUUUGGACCUAAUGUCUUGGUAAUUGCUUCUAGAACUGAAAAGAGGGAUAGCAGUGAGGUUAGAGGUCUCCUGUGGCCUGCCGGGGUUUGGGGGAAGGGAGAGGAAUGAUCUGGGUUAUCACCCAACAGCUCGGCUGUGGGCAGGGCUGCGUGGCCAGGUGUGUGUCAUGUCGGCACAGGUGGGCUGGAGGCUGCCUCUUUGAAGCGUCCAGGUGCCACUGUUUGCAGGGAAAUCACAUCUGUUUGUUGAGGCCUCAGGACCAUUGGGUGGAUCCAUGGAAAGUGUUUAGAGAUGGGCAGAUUUCACAUCUGUGUUUAGAUUUUCUGUAACAGUUGAACAAAUGAUAUGGGUUUAUUUAAUUAUCAGCAUUAUUGUGUGUCUUCACUGACCAGACAGGCAGUGUCUGGUCAUGGUCUUCCGUGAUUGAGGAAUUCUGAGUACGCCUCCUGGCAUGGAUGGAUGUGUGUUGGAAGCCAGGCCGGCCCAUGUGCACAGGAAUGAGGUCUGAGGGGAGAGAAGUCAUCAGUGAUUCAGAAGGGAAGAUGCAGCCAUUGGAGCUCAUUGCAAGCUGAGGCUGCGGCCUUGGAGGCUCAAAAGUGGGCUGUAUGCUGCCGCUUUUGGCUCCGAACCUGCUGGGUGGGUUGCAUUCAGAGCUCUGGGUUCCACCUGCAGCAGGAGAGGCGUCCUGAGAGAGGAGGGGCCGCCAGCAGGUGGCUGAUGGUGCCUUUGCCACCAGAUCCAAGUGCUGCGGGGAUUUGGUUCGGGAGAGCGACAGUGUGCCCGUGGCCCUCGUGGUGGGACUCAGCAGCUCUGGGCAGUGGUUUCGAUUGCAGCUGUUGGGGGAGGGCUCUCCCUGGUAUAGAGAAGGGUUGUAGGAUAGCUGGAGCCGCAGGAGGGGGCGGAGCCGCCAGAGAGGGGGCGGAACCACUGGAGGGAGUGUCCCUGGGGCGCAAGGCAGCACGUCAUGUCACUUUCUCAGUCUGGCUAGAGGAGUCUCUUUCUCAGUCUGGCUAGAGGAGUCUCAGGAGCAGUCACUCACCUCCCUUUACGCUGCUGCAGCUGCCCUUUGGCCUGGAUUCCCUUCCUGGGGGCCGUGCUUCAGGCUCGUAGGACCCUGUGUGCCCUGGUGGGCAUUUCCUGCAGGGGUUUGUUAGGGACAGAGCCUCCCUGGGGUAGGAGGUGACUCUGUUCACAGGCCUGGAAAGCAGCAUCGGGGGCUCUGCCAGGCAGGAGUGUGGGGCUGCAUGGAGGCAAGGGCCCCCUGCUGGCCUGGCGGGGUGGCUGUCAGGCUGCUGUGCGGGGUGAUGUGAGUGUAGGACUUGUUUCUGGGGUCCUCUAGAAGGACUGGACUGAGUUGAUCCUCAUUGUUGGGCCUGGCCCAGACCUGGCCAGGGAAGGACUGGGACUGGGGAGGACUGGGACUGGGGAAGGACUGAGCCAGGGAGUGGGGGCCCCCCGCACCACCCCAGAGCGAGGUAGGCUCAGGGCCAGUCGUCCUUUAUAGAGGCAGGUUGACUUUCUGUGUUCAGCCAGCCUUUAGAUAAUUUUUUCAGAAUCCCAGCAACUGAGGUUCAGCCUCUAGUUAGAAAUUCCAUACGUGCCAGACAAGACUCUGAAAACAGCAUAGCUAGAUACUUAAGGCCAUUCCUCCUUGUUUUGAGCCUCAUGUUACUAAAGCUCCCUUUUUCUGUUGUUGGCAGGGAUAGGUAGGGUACAGACUAGGAAGGAGUCAUUCUCUCCACAGAGCACUUUAUAAAGCCCAGGCUCCAAGCCCCGGGGUGCCUACUGCCACGUAGCCAGGAAACGUGGACUUGGGUGAUGAGGUUGUGGCCCAGAGCACCAUGCCCAAGGGGCAGGGCACGACAGACCGACCGGUGGGCAGGAGCCGGGGCCCCCAGCCUGGCUCAGAAGUGUCCUCACUGUCCCUGGGGCGCCUGAGGGCCAUCGGGCCGAAGGAAUCCUGUGCUCGCGGCCUCGGCUGCAGUGGACGGGUGGGGGUGGGGCUGGGGAUGUGCGGCGGCGCUGAGACCGUGGAGAGGGUUCCGCUUUGGCAUCCUGGUGGGAGUUCCCGAAUGUAUUUCCGAAACCCUUCAAUGUCAUAUGUAUCCGUGCCUUUUCAUAUUAUUUCUGGUAUUUAUGUAUUUAUUUAUUUAUGCCCUGCCGUAUUCCAGGAAAGGGUUCAAGGUCGUCAUGCUUAGUUUUGAUGUUCUCUUUUGACGUUUGAUAAGUUUUAGUCAACAUGCGCUUGUUAAACAGGACGUUUUAAAAAGAAAGGACAAUUUUUUUUUUCAGUACAACUUCCUCAUGUUGAAUAUGUUUCUGUUAUCAGGCCUACGUGCCAUCAUUUUUCCCCUUUCUUCUGUGAAUUGACUCUUCAAAUGGAAGGGUCAUGCAGGAGUCUAAGAGAGGAGCCUGCAGGCAAGGUUGGACCGAGCCAGGGAAAGUCUGCCUUGGAGAAGAAGGCUCUUCUGUGCUGAGCUGCCUGCUGCCUGGCCCUGAGCGGGCCCGGCCCUGGGGAGGCCGCCUUCUGACGGCAGGACAGGCGGACACGCGGGAGAAUGUCUGUGAAAGCACUGGCACGUGAGCUGUCCUGGUGAGGUGGCAGCGGCUGUCUUUGUGCACGUGGUCCCUCUCCUCAGUGGGUGUGCCUUUGAGGUGCUGACGGCCUGUGGCCUUGCUGGUCAGCUGGGCUCUGUGCCCCGGGGACAGCGAGAGUCAUGGCGACCGUGACACAGGCCUCCUGCACUGGUCAGAAGGGCAGGGACACGUGUGAAAUAACAUAGGAAGUCAAGUUUACUCCAUUUAGAGGGUUGUCUUUUAAUCUGAGAUUAUGUUCUUCCUAAUUUGGGUGAUAAAAUGUCCUUUUAUGUAAUGAAGGUGAUAAUAAAGGGCAACAUUGUUUUUUUUUAAAAGCACCUGGUUGCAGAUUAAAAUGUUGGCUGCCCUUCCUCAGAUCCCAGAACUUCUUUUUAAGUUGGUCAGGCUCUGAGACCCAGUGUCGGGACCCACAGUCUGUCUACAGCCUGUGUUCAUGACUGAGGAGUUCCUCCUGGAGUCUCCAGUGGCCUGUCUGUGGCUGAAGGAGAGCCCAUGGCUCCACUGCCUGGUAGUCCAGGCACAGGCUCUGCAGUCCCCAGGCGGGUCAGGAGCGCGUGCUUGUGUGUGCCGAUGACAGCACUGUCCCUGGGAGGUGGGCCUCUGGCCACCCCCGAAGGACACUCCCAGGAAGCUAGCGUGGCUCCUUGGUGGGGCUGCCGCUUACCCUGGGCAUCUGAGGCACCUCAAGGCUUGGCGCUGGUGGUGGGGUGGGCCUUCGGGUGCCAGGGCUCAGGCUAUUCCCCUGCCCCUGGGGCUGCCUGCCAGGCACUCAGCAGCCGGGCCCAAGGGGUCUGGGUGCCCCACCAGCUUGGCUCUCCCUCCUGGAAGUGUCUGAUUCGGCUGCCUGGCAUCUCUCCCUCACUCACUUAGGCCUCACUCCCCUUCUCACGCUCCCCAUCCUCCAACCUGACUCCUUUGAUGUGGAAUAAAAUGACUGAAAUGCACACGAGUGGUCAGUGGGAUCCUGUCCUCGGAGAGUUCCGCGGGAGGGACACGCAGGUUCUAAAGUGCAGUGGUCUGCGGAAUAUACGCCGUAAAUUGUAGGGAGACGGUUGGAUGGGGAAGUGAGCGAGGGUGGAGGUGGCUUCUGUUGCCUUAACUCAUAGUUGCUCAGUGUCUGGAGGGCAUGAGGAUCCUUUCUUUAUUAAGUUGCAUGGAUCUCAGACCUCUACCAUGUGAUGUGUGCGUGUGCACAUGUCCAGGUCUGUGUGGUGUCUGAGCGUGGCUCUCCCGUGUGUCAUCACCUCAGUUUGCUGCUGUGGUUUAGCCAGCAGCACCCCUGCUCCUCCCUGCACUGUUUGCACAGCCACGUGGUUUCUGUCUGGUGUUGUGCACGUGCGGUGUGACAUGCUCACGUGCUGUGGGAGCACUGGCAUCAGCCCUGGGUCUUUGCUUUCUCUUUGGUAGUGACCACACUUAUCUGCAGCAGCUGGGACCAUGGCUGUUGCUGCACUUGGGCUUGGUUAGGCGCUUUCAGAAAUGGGAUGGACAUCUUUGGUAGGUUAUUGUAACUGUAAUGAAUGCUUUACUCCCCGUUGACUCCCCCCAAAUGCCUUAAUUCUGUGUACUGUUUAUCUCAUUGGAGAGGAGAAUUGAUCACGUGACAUCUUUGUAUAUGCUGCACUUCAGGUAGAGGCAGCGGUUCUCUGGAGAGCUGCUCAUGAUUUGCAGAGAGGGGCAUCUCUAACUGGGAGUCUAAACGGCUUCUCUCCACUGCUUGGGGGCCCCCGUGCUCCAGGGAGGCACUCAUAGUGUUGCACAGGUUUAAACUGGGAUGAGCCUGUUUUAUUUAGUGGGUUUUUAGUCUGAAGAGAAAGUGCCUCUAAAAUGUUUGAAACACAUGACUUUCCAUCAUGGUGACACUGUCCCUACAGUGCUCUCUUGGGUGGGGAGGUGGUAGGGACUGUGUUAUAUGUGACUUAUUUGACAGUGGGAGGGUGAGUUGUGAAGCUUCGGGAAUGAAUGAACUAAAUAAAGCAUUUAUUCAUUUCUCCGUGA